AUGUUUCCUGUCAGACAGACAUGGAGUGGUCAAGGUUCCUUGCAAAUGAGAUCAUUUGCGACGAGCGGACCAGCAUUCAAGAGCGUUAUAGCGGGUUCAAUGAGUAAAAAGGCCCGUCAGGCUUUGAGAGAGUCUAGACAACAGGCGAAGAAGGCUAAACUCGAGCAGAGUAAGAAGAAAGUCAAAAAAUCAGGAAUGACACAUCUUUCUUUCAAGGAUGCCGUUAGAGUUCUUCGAUCAGACACAAGAUUACCCGAGUUGUCCUCUUUGGGCGUGGAGUCACUCGAUGCUGCAAACUUAACGAAGGAGGAUAUCGUUACAUAUUCUGAAACAGCACUUCCGCUUAUGGAGGGUAUGGGAUUAUUCAAAAAGUACCAACACCACGAGUUAUUUGAAAAGCCCAUUUCCCUAAUUUCCGAAAACACCAUGUGGAUCCAGAAUCUUGUGAAGAACAUGAACAAGACCACAAAAGAUAAUAGACAUUUUCUUCUUGGUGAAAAAGGUGUGGGUAAGUCUACUUUGUUUGCCCAGGCGCACGCAAUAGCCAUGUCUCAUUAUAAAGAAGAUGUUGUUUUGUUGCAUUUUUCUGAACUUGAGAAUGCUGUGAACGGCACUUCGGACUACUUGUUCAACCCUAAGACAGGGUUGUAUCAACAACCGAUGUUCACCAAGAGGUGGAUUGGCAGGACCCGUUUUGUCAAUGAGAAAGUGUUUAAGAAAAUGCCAUUGUCCAAAGACCUUGAUGUUUCCACAGACAAGAGUAAUUUCAAAUUGAAAAAGGAUACGCACACAGUGUACGACUUGCUUUUAAGAAGUCGUGAUUUUACAAAGGCUUCUUCAGCUCUCGAAGUUUUCAUUGAACAGCUUCAGCAUCACUCUGAAAAAUUCCCUGUUCUCUGUACUCUUGACAACUUCAAUGGGCUUUUGGAGGAGCCAUACACUAAGUACCACCACCCUGACUUCAGGCCGAUUCACCUCACCGAAUUUGAGAUGGGCAACUUUUUCUUGAACCUCAUUAAUGGUGAAGUGGCAUUUAAAAGAGGUACUGUUUUUGCUGCCGAAUCUGGCUCUUUAUCGAAGACCAAGACUCUCACUGUUGGUUUGGGCAUCGAUGAAUAUGACCCCUACGCAAAGAAGAGCGAAUGCGACAGGGUAGUUGCUGAGCGACUUCUUGUCAAUGGUGGCGCAUCCGUUUACAAGCUUCAGAAUCUCACACCAACCGAAGCCCGCAAGUUGGUGCUGUUCUACGGUGAAACUGGAGCUUUGACUGUCAGAGAUUACCCAUACAAAGUGCCUGUCACUAUGCCCGAUGACACCAGUUCGGUGAGCCAAUUCAAGCCUGUUGGUGCUUUGCCUUUGGUUAAAGAUGCUGAAGCUCAAAAGGAAAGACUCAUCGAUCUUGCUUUUAAUAUUUCACAAGGUAACCCAGGGUACCUUCUUAAAGCAGCUGUUUAUGACUGCUAG